UCCACACCCACCAGAGACAAGAUGCUCUCCGUGGCAUCGAGCCUCUUCGGCAAGACCUCGACGCUCGGCGCGUACACGCUGCACUCGGCGGGCCCCUCCCCCUCCUCGUCCAGCACCAACCUCCCCGCGGCCGGCCGCUCCUCACCACGCCCCUCCCGCUCGUUCAACGUCGGCCUGUGGAAGGUCGUGGGCGCGACGCACAAGACGACAGGCAAGGACGUGUCCGUAUGGGUGUUUGAGAAGCGCGUGCUUGACGGCGUGCGCAAUGGCCGCGACUGGGUGCUCGAGCAGCUCAAGAAGGAGGCUACGGCGCUUUCGCGCCUGCGGCACCCCGACGUGCUGCACAUGGUCGAGCCGUUGGAGGAGAGCCGCACCGAGCUCACCUUCGUCACGGAGACGGUCUCGGGGAGUUUGGGAAACGUUUUGGCUUCCGCGAAGAAGAACGGCGAGGUCGAUCUCGACGAGGUCGAGAUACAGAAGGGCACGCUGCAGGUCGCACGAGCGUUGGGGUUUCUGCACACCCAGGCGAAGAGUGUGCACUUGAAUUUGUCGCCAGAUGCGAUUCUCGUCAACGCCAAGGGCGACUGGAAGCUUUCAGGUCUCAACCUCGUGCUGCCGCUUCAGCAGCCGGACGGGAGUCCGACUAAAUAUGUCUACCCAGAGGUCGACACGCGUCUUCCUCCUCAGGUGCAGUGGAAGCUCGACUAUUUGGCGCCUGAGUACGCGCUCGACAACACGCUCGCGCCUGCCAAUGACCUCUAUUCUCUCGGCUGCGUGCUGUAUGCGCUUCACAUAGGGCGACCGCCUUUUGCGACUAGGGGGUCGAUCCAGGCGCUCCGGGAGAACGCCGAAGGGCUGGGCAGGCGAGAUUACGCGCGGGGCGCGAAGUGGGACCGCGCAAGUAACGAGCUCCGAGACCUCCUUCCGCGACUGCUUACGCGAACACCCAGCGGGCGCAUAACGCUGCAAUCCCUCCCGUCGCACCCCUUCUUCUCGUCUCUUGCCAUUUCAACGCUCAAUUUCCUCGACCCUACGACGUUCGCAUCUAAGCCGCGUGAAGAGAAGGCGACGUUCUUGCGCGGUUUGGUCCGCGUCCUUCCCAACUUCUCGGAGCGGCUGAAGAAGGGCAAGAUCCUGCUAUCGCUCCUCGAGGAGAUGAAGGACCCAUACCUCCUCCCGUUUCUGCUGCCCAACGUGUUUGAGAUCUCCAAGAGUCUCGACAAGACUGAGUUUGCCGUUGUCCUCCCCAAGCUUCAGCCGCUAUUUGCGCUCAAGGACCCACCGCAAAACAUGUUGACCCUCCUCGACAACCUUACUAUGUUUGAGGAAAAGACGUCGCCGGCCCAGUUCCGCGAGAACGUCAUGCCCCUCAUCUACAACUCGCUCGAGAGCGAGCACUUGCCGGUGCAGGAGCGCGUCCUCAGGCUGGUACCGCAGCUCUGCGAAAUACUUGACUAUGGGACGGUGCAAAACAUCCUUCUGACAAAGAUUGCUAUUUUGUUCACCCGCACCCGCAUCUUGAGCGUCAAGGUCCAGACACUUGACUGCUUCACGGCAAUGGUUUCCACACUGGACACGACGACUCUCACGACAAAACUGGUUCCCCUGCUUGCAAAGAUCAAGACAAAGGAGCCAGCAGUCAUGAUGGCCACCCUGAGUGUGCAUGAGGCGAUGGGGCAGAAGGUCUCACUGGAGGCGAUCGCGACACUCGUCCUUCCUCAGUUAUGGGCGAUGUCAAUGGGACCACUCCUCAACGCGGACCAAUUUGCCCGUUUUAUGCGUGUCAUCCAGGGCCUAGGCUCACGAGUGGAGAAAGAGCACUCCCAGCACCUCCGCGAAGUGCGGAAGAUGGAGGAGCAGACGACAAGUUUCGCGACAAACGGCGCGCCCGGCGACUUUGCUGCGCCGUCGGGAGAGGUCGACUUUGAGACACUCGUCAAGGGUGGCGGCAGCGCGAGCAAUACGGGGGCGACGACCUCGGCACCGGCCACUAUCGACCCAUGGAGCAUGGAUGGUUGGGAUGAUGACAACCUGACAUCAUUUGCCAGCCUCAGCGUCACAGACCCCGCACCUACCUCCCCGCCCCGCGCGUCAUCUUCGCGGCUGGGCGCAACCCGCCUUCCGUCAGGUUCGUUCAACGCCUCCGCCUUCCCGCCAGCCACGCCGGCCUUCUCGCCGCACCUUGCGUCUCCACCCCUGCAGCCGCUGCGGGCGACACCAGCUUCUCCACCCCGCGCCUCACGUGAUUCGUCAGGACCAAACUACAACCUCAGUCUCGAGCCGCAGGCGCCGAAGGUCACAAGCCCCAAAUUCCCUCCAAUCCAGCCUCCGCUGAGGAGUCCGAUCUCUGCACAAAACUCGGGCUUCCCUCCUCUGCAACCACAGUCAGGGCUGAAAGGGAUGGGAGGGAUGAGCAGUGGCAGCGGCAUGGGUAUGGGCGGCGGUAUGGGAGGAAUGAGCGGAAGCAUGGGCAUGGCCUCCCCGCCCAUCACAUCACCGCCGAUGCAGCCGGCACAGCCACGGCCACCACCUGGCUGGUCAUCAGGGGUCAUGCAGCCGAACGUUGCCAAGCCUACUUGGAACGCGGCGCAGGCAGCCAAGACGGAUUGGGGCGACUUUGAUCCCCUCAAGUAGGCAAUGCAAUACUGCCCAUAGGUCGUAUGAGCGGCGCGUUCCAUUAGACUUGAUUAACCCAUACCUAGGCGCUCUCGUUCCUGUCAUCGCUGCCGUGAUGCGACUUUUGCCACAUCCC